ACCACUGUGGUUGUGUUCCGCCUCUCCUGUGGUGGGAGGCUGCAGCCACUAAACCAGGAACUGGCUGAACAUUUACAUAAACUCCGACAGGUGUCUUUACAGCCUUGCUUGACGAUGUCUGCCAAAAGCAGCCAAGAAACAUCUGAACACUCCGGACAAGUCAAGUUCCUCUCCGCGGCGUUUUACGCCGGCAGUUCGUUUCUUAUUACGGUGGUGAAUAAAACCGUACUGACGAGCUACAGGUUUCCCUCUUAUAUGUGUCUGGGAAUUGGCCAGAUGAUCACCACUCUUGUUGUCCUUUACGCUGCCAAAAUGAACAAAUCAGUCCAGUUUCAAGAUUUCGACAGGAGUAUUCUCUUAAAAAUUUUCCCUCUUCCUUUGCUCUAUGUUGGAAACCAUAUAACCGGAUUAGCAAGCACGAAAAAACUCAGUUUACCCAUGUUUACAGUUUUACGCAAAUUUACCAUAUUGAUGACAAUGAUCUUGGAGAUAUAUAUACUAAGAAAAACAUUUCCUAAACGCCUCGUGUACAGCAUUGUGGCCAUAGUUUUUGGUGCCAUGGUUGCUGCAAGUUCCGACCUGGCGUUUGAUGUGGAGGCGUAUACCUUUAUCCUGCUCAAUGAUGCCUUCACUGCUGCCAGUGGUGUGUACACUAAGAAGAAACUUGGCAUGGAGGGCCUUGGGAAGUAUGGUGUGUUAUUUUACAAUGCACUGAUCAUCAUCAUCCCUACUCUCUUGGCAAGUGCAUUUACUGGAGAUUUACAUCAGGCAGCCACAUUUAAGGACUGGGUUGAAGCCACGUUUAUUUUUUGUUUCUGUGUGUCCUGCAUCAUGGGGUUUGUGCUGAUGUAUUCCAUAGUCCUGUGCAGCUAUUAUAACUCAGCACUCACUACCACAGUAGUGGGAGCAAUAAAGAAUGUUGCAGUAGCCUAUAUUGGCAUCUUUGUAGGUGGAGACUAUCUGUUUUCUUGGACGAACUUCCUAGGCCUCACUAUCUGUAUGUCAGGUGGACUAGCUUACACGUAUCUCACCUUCAACACUAAACCAUCUACAAGUAACGCAGAAGGAGCACAAGAGCUGAAGAUUCACAUUACAGAAGAUCGAACUAGGACUCACUAACCAAACAGACACUGUUUUAUUGUUCACCGCUUGGUGGCAUUGUUCUGCUCCAUAUUGGAGCAUAAUAUUGCUUUAUUUUUUAUUCUUUAAUUCAUUUAUAAUAAAUCAGUUGAUUUCUUUGGAUAUGUUACUGGUGCUAUAUAUUUGAUACCACUAAAUCAUGAAUAAAUCACACAAGAAGUACACAAGAACUCUGGGUCAGGUUCAGUGAAUGUUUAUUGAAGACCAACAAUUGUAUAACAGUGUGGACAGUCUGUCAGAGAAAUCUUACCUUUUGAAAUGUGUAAUAAAAUGUCUACCAAGCAAGCCCUAUGCAUGUGACAAACAGGAAAACUGUUGAGGGAUGUUAGCAGAGGGAAAAACUGAAACUAAAAUUCAACAUCAAAGCUCUCCACAAAUUGUGCACACUCAAUAUUCUAACAAACACAAUGUGUAUAUAUUAAAUGCCAUACUCUUAUCAAACCACAAAAUAGACUAAGGGUUAGAAAUGUUUCAAAAUAUACUAUAAUUGGGUAUACAAUAAAUCAUUUGGUGUUUUGAUUAUCAACAAUUCACUAGCCUUCCAGUUUCACCGCAACUCCACAUGGGUAAUUUGUAAAUCGAACAGAUUCAAACAUCACAGCUAGAGUGACAGAGUGACAGGUUGUUGGUGCAGGUUUCCCCAAAACAACCAGAGGCAGGGCAGUUAUGAGAGGCUUUAUACAGUGUUGAAGGAUGUAGUGUUAUAAAAAAAAAAAAAAAAAAAAAAAAAAAAAAAAA